AUGGCUGCAUCUCUCAAGACGCUGGCCGUCCGCUGGCACUCAUCCGCCCAGGGCAUCGUCCGGUGCUGUCCAAAACCCAUGCAGGCCCUGUCGACGACGACCCGAUCCGCCUGCCAUCUCGCCCGGGCUCCCCGGCAGGCUCUUUUCCGAUCAAAUCACAGCAUCGCCGCCGUCGAGCCCCCUCGCGCUGUGGCUGGCAUCGGCCAUGCCUCUCGCUGCUUCUCCAGUGCGACGGCCGCCUCGCAAACGGCACAUUCUCCCGUCGCCGCCGCCGCCGCCUCCGCCUCCUCUUCGCCCUCCUCCUCCUCCCCAUCCCCGGCGAAGCUCGACUGGAACUCCUUCUUCAAGCUGCGCCUGCGCCGUCGCCGAAUCCAGCUCGUCUUCUCCGUCACGACGGGCUUGUUCGGCGGCGCCGCCGGUGCCCUCGCCCUGUCGACAGGCGUCGCCGAGCCCGUCGUCAUGCAGAUCCCCCUCGACCCCUUCGUCACCCUCGGCCUCAUCACCUUUGCCUGCGCCGGCAUGGGCUGGCUCGUCGGUCCCAGCAUCGGGAACCAGGUCUUUUACAUCAUGAACCGCCGGCUCAAGUCGCAGAUGAUGGCCAAGGAGAGCGAGUUCUUUGCCCGCGUCAAGAAGCACAGGGUCGACCCGACCAACUCGAGCGCCGGCAACCCAGUGCCCGACUUUUACGGCGAAAAGAUUCAGAGCGUGUCCGGGUACCGGCGGUGGCUCAAGGAUCAGCGGGCUUUCAACAAGAAGAAGACGGCAAAUUUCGUCUAG